AUGGACACUGUGAGUGCACGAUUGGGAUCCUUCAAGGCUUCAAGUUCGGCCCAUUUGUCAACGAAUCAUCGUCGCCAUUUUCUGGAACAUAUCCGAGAACCCCAAAUGGCCAUCAAGAUGGAGGACAGAGUGUGGAAACUUCCUGACUUGUGCAUCUUGCAGCUGCGGAGGAAACAGGCAGGAUCAUGGAUCACGAUACCGUCCUCUUUAGUACGCAAAUGUUGCCAAGUCAAGGCAAAUGGCUGUGGCAAUUGGAGGCAGGCUUCCAAUACUAUAGCCACCGAUGAACGCAAGGUCCUUGAGGACGAAGUCAUGGGGUCAAAAAAGUCAAAGAGGCAGAUAUACACUUCGGAGUACAGUACGGAAAUCACAUGGAUAGCAGAACAAGAUUAA